GAAGGAAAGAGGGGGGAAGACGGUAUUCCCCCUUUUCCCAUUGCCGCUGAUUCUUCUUUCUCGCCUCUUCAUUCCUCCGGACCUUCGACGACAGUUGCAGCUUUGGGCUCCGAAUGGGGAACUGCCUGACCGCAAUUGCCGCCGCCGCAGCUGCCACCCCAGCGAGGACUCUCCCUCGUACUCGUAGUAGUAGAAGAGAAAGCAGUCAGGCGAGAAGGAUCGACGAUGGAGGAGCAGGAAGGAGGAGAGAUGCGGUGAUGCGGGAGGAUGCGUUACAUGUGUUGCCCGGCCGGAUCUUCUCGAACGAGGGCAGGAGCAGCGUCGCCUCCAUCUACACGCAGCAGGGCUGCAAGGGCAUCAACCAGGACGCCAUGAUCCUGUGGGAGGACUUCGGUGGUCAAGGCGUCGUCCUCUGCGGUGUGUUCGACGGCCACGGCCCCCACGGCCACUUGGUGGCCCGCAAGGUCCGGGACGCCCUCCCCCUCAAGCUCCUUUCUCUUCUCCCCUUUCCUGGCGGUGGCCGCAGCCUUAUGGACCGGUCCUGUUUCUGUUUCGGGAGGAGACACGGCGUCCCGGUACUAGAUCCCGCCUCCUCCGUGGAGGAACCAUCCCUGUCGGUUUGGAGGGAGGCCUUCGUGAGGUCGUCCAAGGCCAUGGACAAGGAGCUCCGUUCCCAUCCGUCACUCGAUUGUUUCUGCAGUGGCAGCACCGCCGUGAUCUUGCUCAAGCUGGGUUGUAAUCUUUUCAUUGCAAACAUCGGUGAUUCCCGUGCUGUCUUGGGGUGCACCGACGACACUAAUAGUUCCAUGCUUCCAGUGCAGUUGACGGUCGAUCUAAAGCCUGAUCUUCCAAGAGAAGCUGAACGAAUCAAGAGGUGUAGGGGGAGGGUAUUUGCUCUGCAGGAUGAGCCAGAGGUGUCAAGGGUGUGGCUGCCUUACGAUGAUGCUCCUGGGCUGGCGAUGGCUAGAGCUUUUGGUGACUUCUGUUUGAAGGAUUAUGGGGUAAUUUCUGUGCCAGAAUUCUUCCAUUGGAACCUGACAGAGAAGGACCAGUUUGUCGUACUUGCAUCUGAUGGUGUCUGGGACGUACUCACAAACAAAGAUGUUGUUGACAUCAUCUCUUCAUCUCCAACCCGAUCAUCGGCCGCAAAGGUUCUAGUUGAAACUGCUGCUCGUGAAUGGAAACUCAAAUACCCUACAUCAAGGAUGGAUGACUGUGCUGUGGUUUGCUUGUAUUUGGACGGACAGACGAAUACUGUGUCCGAGUCCCUCGUGAACUGUUCAUCUUCUUUUGUUUACAGCUAUGAAGAUUCCAAAAUUGAAUCAGAUGAAGCACAAAAUCACGAACCCACAUUAGAUCGGAAUUUCACAGUAAGACCAACAGGAAACACCAGGAUAUCAGUUGCUCUGGAGGAACAUGGAACAGAUUGUGCUACCGAGGAUGGGAGCUGGUCAGGCCUGGAAGGAGUGACACGAGUUAACUCAAUUGUUCAACUUCCAAGAUUUUCCGAUGAGAAGAUGCACGGUGAUGCAUGUUUAUGAUCCUUUUUCGGGAAUUAUAGGUCAUUUUCAUUCAUCUGAUUCAAGGCGCAAUUCUUACCUCCGAAGGACUUGUAAAAAUUCCGCCAUCUCUUAGCUUUUUAAAGGCUUGCUGUCCAACUUUUGUUGGAAUGUACGGAACGUAAGACGAUGAUACAUAUCCUGAUGUUCCUUCCUUUUUUUUUUUCUUUUUCUUUUUCUUAGCAAGCGGUCAGUCGUAUGUCUGUGAGAUGUCUGUGAGAUAUGUAAGUAGUUCUUGAGAGAUUGCCUACUGUUUUGGACAAUUAGUGGUCUUCGAUUAGUGUCGGUAAGAAUAUGAUAGAUCUGCUGAGGUUCCUUUUCUUUGCUGUGGCGAGAGGGAGAGGUCAGCCGUUUGUUUGUGAGAAAUGCCAGUAGUUAUUGGAGUACUGUCCACUGUUUUGAACAAUUAGCGGUCUUCAGUGCCGCUGGAUGUUACUAUAGUGUAGUAGUUUUCAUUGUUGCCAUCGAAGAAAAUGUUGUUCUUCAUAGUUACCGAAUUGUCGCCAUGUCUAUCGUCGACCAGUAUAUGCAUACUGAAUGCUUUCAAAAGAAAACAAAGGAAAUAAGACGUCAGGUAACACUUUCUUUCGUAAUGUAAUCAUGUAAUGAUUCUAAUGAUAUGCAUUGUUAAUGAUAAUUUUGAUUCUGGGUGGAUGUCACUGUCCCAAUUGGACCCUUCAAAGUCGCUACAGCUUUUUCUCGACGGAGGAAGGGAGAGACGCAGACAGCGAAGAAUAGUCGUCAUCCUCCACAGGGAAACUGGUCAUACAUCGCAUGUGGCCUAUUCCACAGUCAAAGCUUUCAGACUGCGCCCGUCCUAAAGCAGCAGCGUUGAAGCGGCAAUCGUCAAAAGAGUUGAAUCUGAACGGAAACAGCGGGAUGGCUUCUGUACUGCGCAACUCCAACUGAUAUAUAAACGCCACCGGAGAUGGGAGGUCGCAGAAUUCGAUAGGAAAUCAUCAAUCACAGGAUGCAGCUCGGCCACUCGGAUGAGCACCGUCGCGGUGCCAGCGGAGCAGGGCAGGCGAGAGGAGGAGGAGGAGGAGUACCGGGCGGCGCUCCGUCCAGGCCGCCCAGACGGCCAUGCAACCAGCUGGCACAGUCUCCCGGUGCGAGGCGGCGGCCGGGCCGGCAGUCCUGUGUAUCCGACACAGCGGCCAGGGUUCCUUGUUACCGGCGGUCGGGGAACCGGGAGGUGCUCCGGCGGGCGCUCUACCCUCCGACGCAUCGGAGAAACCCGGCGCUGUGCCUGAGGAGGUGGACCUUCCGCCCCUCGCCGAGCCCGCUCUCGAAAAUGUCGUUGGAGUAGUCCAUGAUUGCGGCUUCUGUACCUAAAGCAGCUAUUCGUUUAUUGAUUACAGUGUUGUUGACGAUGAUGUGAAGAACAACUCUUCCUCUCUCC